AUGAUGAGAAGAUAUCCCAUACCUCCUGGGAUCUUGAAUUUAAACACGCCUCCUCUGCCAUCGUCCCAUAAUGGACAACCUCGACGGCUGCUCACUCCAGAGCCACCGCAGUCUGUCACACUCGCAACUGUCAAGGCAAACGGCGCAUUUUUUCAACGACUUCCAACUGAAAUUCGCAUGCGAAUCUUGCGCUUUGCAUUCGGUGACCGCACAGUUCAUCACCCGAAAAAGGACUGGAGAUGGCAAAGCUCCGUCUGCCAUCGACUUCCGCCGCCUGGUAUCAUAGACUCGCGCGGACCAGGGUACGAUCCUCAGCCAUGUGACGAUGAGUGUGUCUAUGGAUGGAACGGUCGAAACGGGUUUCACCCACAAUGCGAGCACUGGCCUGGAGAAGGGCCCAAGAAGUGCUCCGUUGGCGCCAUGGGAUGGCUCCUCUCCUGCAAGCAAGCCAAAGCGAUGGUUCUGAACAUACAUGACUUCUUCCAACAACAGCGACUCGAUGCCAUCACAUCUGUCGAAAUCAUUUGGGAUUUCACACCAUGGAUCUUGCCAGACAUCAGUGAAGAAUUUAGGGCCGCCCCUCCUUUGAGCGAUAUCGAGACUUUCAGGCAGUUUCUCAAGGCCAUUCCCAGGCUUUUCCUUAACAUCAAGAAACUUCAUAUUUCCCUACAGGGAGAUAUGAUACCUAAAUCGUAUGGACAAAACAGCGAGCAUCAAUACUCGACAAAGGAGCGAAUCGAACUUGUUCGGUGCAAUAUCACCUGGAAAGUCGAUGAAAUGGUGCCUUACCUCAAACCACAUGUCGACUUCUCGAUCGCCUAUCCCACAAGCACGUAUGCUGUGGAACGACACUGGAGGCCAUUGGCAAAAUGCCAACCUCGGACUGGCUACUGGGUUUGCUUGGGUGAUAAGGAUGUAAGAAGACAGAGGGCGAGGGGUGUUAUUGGGCAUCAACAUAUGCCAGCGCGUGUUUCGGAAAAGCAGUAUGAUGUUUUCUUUCGAUCUUGA